ACCAAUUAUCCAUAUAUGAAACAACAUUCUAGAAAAUUCAAGCAAAUCACAAAUUAACUAUACAAAUUGUUCAACACCAAUCUAGAAAACUCAAGAAAAUUAAAGCAAAUCAUAAAUUAUCCAUAAAUAACAUGAUUAAUUGAAAGUUUCUUCUUUUCAAUUAAGUUUGUUCACUCUCCACUCGAUAAUAUCAACUUCAUUCUACAAAAUUAGAAAGAAAGAAUUAGACAUGUCUCCACAAACAUAAAUAAGAUAGUUGUUUAGAAUAUUAAGGGCUACUAGCCUACUACCACUGGAAACCCCGAACUAUUAACUUUGUGUCAUUUGUGUCCUAAAGUAUUCGAUAUGACAUUUGUGCCACAACGUAUGAUAGUUGUGUGUCAUUUAUGUCCUGACGAUUUUGUUGACCGUUAUAGAUAACGGUUGACCAAACGGAAGUCAACAUUAACAUUGACUUUUGUAGACGUGGCUGCCACGUAGAUGCCACGUCAAUGACACCUCAUAUUUUUAAUUAAAAAUUAAAUAAAAAAUAAUAGAGUAUUAUUAAAAAUUAAAUAAAAUUAGCAUCGUCCCAAUUUGGUCUCUCAAUCCUUGCUAUGCUCCCGCAGUUGGAUCAACUCGAAUAGGAUGCUGCUUUACCACAAUUACUCCAGCGCCAGUUUAAUGGUGGCGGGAACCGCCAGCGGAGGAGGAGAGGAGCGGGUAGCUUUGGACGAGUCGGCGUACGAGGCAGAGAGGUUGCGGCUGGACGCGUUGGCGCGGCAAUCAAUGGCCGAAGCUUCGGCGAGGGAGAUGAUGAAAGUCGACGGCGGGGAGGCGGAGGAUCCGAAAGCUUGGAAGUGGAUAAUCCGGAAGCGGGUCUGGGAUUUGAUGGAGGCCCAGAACUUCGCUCGGAUUCCCCGACCCGUUCACCACCGGAUUCCCAAUUUCGUCGGAGCUUCGACAGCCGCUGAAAAGGCUUGAACUUUGAAGUAAAUUAGCUUGCCAGAACUGGAAUUUGUUUACUGUUUCUGGAAAUUAUUACCGUUGGUUAAAAUUCCUGGCAGCUGGGCGAGUUAGAAAAGUUCCAAAGGGCGAGUUGUGUGAAGGUAAAUCAUUGUCGACAGCGUUCGUCAUUGUCUUCGGUGCCCGAGUCCUAGAUCUAGAUCUUCGACAGUGCUCGAAAACCUUAAACACACUCUGCUCUUUCCCAUCGGUUGUCACGGAGGCACUCACGGUGAGAGCUGGGUUCACUCGUCUCUAUCCUCAUUGAAGCAUUUCAUCAACAAUCGGAGCCACGCCGCCGGAAAGAGCUGGGUUCACUCAUCUCCAUUAUUUGUUAUUUUUUCCUUUUAAUUUCCACGUCAGAUGCCACAUGAGCGCUUAUUAGACUUUCUGUUUAAAACCAACGGUCAACGCCAUUCAACCAUAACGGAAAAAUAGUUUGAGACACAAUUGUCAUAUCGAAUACUUUAGGACACAAAUGACACAAAGUUAAUACUUCGGGUUUCCUAGUGGUAUUAGCUCGAAUAUUAAAUAUACUAAGAAAAUUAAUUAUAUGGGUGUGGGCGGGUUUCCAUGGGGCGGGUUUCCCUAAACCCAAACUCAACCCAACCCGGUGAAUAGUGAACGGAUUUAAACCCAAACCCGGCCCAAAACCCGUUAACAUAUAUUUUACCCGUGUUGACCGGAUUGAGUCGGGUGGGUACCCGUGGGUUUGGAUUUUGUUGCCAUCCCUAAUUGAGAAGACCAAUGCCCUCUCAAAACACUACCAUGGCCUCUGCCUUGUCUAAUCCGACUACCUCCAUUGCACCGCCCAAUUCUCCCUCCUAUCCUCCUUUAUUCUUCAGCGACGCCGACUCAGAGUGUCCGUCGGCGGAAAAAUGACAUCUCCGGCAGCUACCCAGUUCCUUGAUCCCCACGCUGCUCGAGCUCUCAUCGACUCCGGUGAAGCUUUCCUCUUCAAUCCUUAUGUUUUCUCCACUCCGAGAUUCAGUUACUGGGCUGUAAUCGCAUAUCCAGCCCUCAAAUCGACCGUAAAAGCAUCAAAUUUGAAUCGACGGAAGAUAGAAGAAUAGAAGGAGAAAGGGAAGCAGAAAGAUUGUUGUUCAUCUUAACGUUCACCUUCAGCAGCAUAAGGGGUUCUCUUGAUGUAUGUGAAGAACCAAUUGCAGAAUUUCGCUCCAGACCGCUAACUGCUAUGAUAAAACUUAAAGAACGAA